AUGCUUCCAAGGUCGCCCAAGCCCGCCGUCGUCACAUGCAUUCCAAGCUUGACCAAAACGGCUAGCACUCACGUCGCUGGGGUCUGCCAAGCCGCCGCUGAUCUUCUGAUUCGCGCAUGCGCCCGUCGCUUCCUCACCACCUCCACACCGCGACUUUCUCUACAACCCCUCGCACCGUCGUCUAAGAGGAAUCAUCUCUCACUCAACCUUACUGACGUCCAUCGCCAGCCAAGCAUGGGUUCCGCCGCCCCCGCCAAGCCAAAAAAGGUCGAGUGGCCGCCUGCGGUCCGCGAGUAUGUUCGCCGUGCCUUCCAGCCCGAAAAUGCCAUCGAGGGCAUCUCGAAUGCCGACAUGCAGACAAAGCUAAAGGCAACCAUCAGCUUCUACGCCGAGCGCGAUGCGCAUGAAGCUAUAGAUUGGCCUACACAUCCUCUCCCACAGCAACUACUGCAGGAAGAGCGAAGAAUAGCUGCGCUCCAGCAUGCAAACAACGCUUUGGCUGCCACACAUCUACACACUAACCCAUUGUCGCCUCUGCAAGCCAAGAAGCGCAAGUCGCAAGAUCCCGACGAGCUAGCGACGCAGCCGACGGUACCCCCAUGGCGCAAGACUAACCUAGAAUCACGGAUGACGUUUGCCGAAGGACACAACGAGAAGCGGCACAAAAAGAACGCUACAUCCGGGGACGCCUUCAGUAAGUUUGACAAAGCCGACUUGGACAAGCGCCGCCAGCGGUUCCAGCUUGGCAACAACGGCACCAAGACAACGCCCCCGUGGGGUUCGCUACAAAAAGAAGAGGACGAGAUGAACAAUGCACCUGUUGUGGGACUAAAUGACAAGCUGGAGAAGAGCUACUUCCGGCUCACAGCUCCACCGAAACCCGAGACCGUUCGCCCUUUGCAUGUACUGGAAAAGACCCUAGCCAUGCUUAUCAAGAAGUGGAAAACGGAGAAGAACUACAACUACAUCUGCAACCAGUUCAAGUCUCUUCGCCAAGAUCUCACCGUCCAGCACAUUAAGAAUGCCUUCACCGUGAAGGUAUACGAGAUCCAUGCCCGGAUAUCGCUAGAGAAGGGGGACUUGGGUGAGUAUAACCAGUGCCAGACGCAGCUGAAGGCGCUUUAUGCGCAAGGUCUGGAUGGCAAGCCGGCCGAGUUCAAGGCUUACCGCAUUCUCUAUAUCGUCUACACGUGCAACAAGUCCGACAUGAACGACAUGUUGGCAGAAUUAACCCUUGCAGACAAAUCACACCCGUGGAUCAAACAUGCACUUGAUGUCCGAUCCGCCCUGGCUCUUGGCAACUACCACAAGUUCUUCAAGCUGUAUCUUGCGGCUGAGAACAUGGGCAGCUAUCUCAUGGACAUGUUCAUCGAGCGUGAGCGCUUUAAUGCUCUCGCUAACAUCUCUAGAGGUUAUGCUAACGUCACCCUCCGCUUCCUCACUGACGAGCUUGGCUUUGAAAACGAUGAAUCGUGCCGUGACUUUCUCGAAUCGCACGGCGCACAGAGCGUCAUGGACAACGAUACGGGCCGAGUGAAAAUUCGAGAAGCCGCCACUCUCUUCGAAGGCCUUCGUGCGGCCGCAUUCCGCAAAGUAGACAUCAAGGGCCAAAUAUGA